AUGUCGGUUAUUGUCCUUUUGCUAUUGGUGGCCCAGGAGAAUAAGCUCAUCUCUAUACCUGCCUUGACGGUGCCUCAGCUCUUCAGGUUUGGCGAAGAAAGCGUGGCUCGCAUGCAAUCAUACGUGAUCGACGUGUCUGUGGAGAACUGUCUUCGAGUGAACUUGAAGAACAGGGAUUGUGUGGUGAAGGACGAGUCCAAAGGGUACCAGGGCGACUUGCGGGGUCAUGGAGGCUGGUCUGUGGUGGAUAAGGACCUUUCGCUUGGGAAGUCUUUACUUUACAAGCAGCAUUUGGGGUUGAAGUUGGCGGUUUUCAAUAAUGGCGAACAGCCCAAGUACGACGUUGUGGUGGACGUUGCAGUGAGUGAUCCAGUUGAGGAUGGGAAGAUCAAGCAUAACGAAAAGGCGCUUAUACCUGAAAAAGUGCUUAAGGAUAUUCACAAAUCGAGGGUUUUCGAUGAAGAGAACCAGAAACAGUUGGAGGAGGCCAAUAAGGAUGAGGUUUUGGACGGCAAGGUCGAUGCUGAUGAAAUUACCAAGUUGAAGCAGGAACAGGAGAGCCAGGCUGAAGACCUUCGGGCGUCUACUGAGAAGGAAAAGCAAGAAAAGGAGCAAGGGAAGGAGCAGGAGAAGGAGAAGGAAGCUAAGGUUGAAGGCCCUGAAGAAAAACCUCAAGAUCCAGAGGCUGACAAGGCCAAAUCAGAGAAAGAUAGUACGAAACCUAAACGGGAUCUUGAAACCAGGGAGAAGAAAUCUUCUUACCAUGAAUUGGAUGGGUUUUACCUGAUCCCGAAUGCUAAACAACUCGAGGAGGCCAAAUGGAGGAAAUCUUCUAAUGGUAUUUGGCUUAAAUAUGGUCCUCAGGGUAAAAAAGCUGUUACAUGGAUCAACGUUGUUUUUGGUCCUGAUGCCGUUGUCCCAUUUGAAGACGCUGUCCUUAUUAAGCAGCCUCUUUUGGAUACUGGUGCAGCUCCAGGCCUUGAGCCUAGAAUUGCUAUCCGCAGAGAAGGUAUGAUCAAGAAGACACCACUUCCCGAGUUGCGUUUCAAAAAGAACGGUAAGUUCAAGAUCCUUCAAGUGGCCGACCUUCAUUUCUCAACAGGUGUGGGUAAAUGUCGUGAUCCAUUCCCAGAAGAGUCUGCCGAGGACUGUGAAGCUGACCCACGUACUAUCAGAUUCAUCAACAGAGUGCUUGAUCUUGAAAAACCUGAUUUUGUCGCUCUUACAGGUGACCAGAUUUUUGGAGACGAUGCGCCAGAUCCAAUGACGGCCCUUUUCAAAGCUGUGGCUCCUUUCGAGAAACGUAAAAUCCCAUAUGGACUUGUAUUGGGUAACCAUGACGACCAACUGACUUACGACAGAGAGUCGUUGAUGUAUGCAGCCGCAGCUUUCCCUUAUUCGAUGGCCACCCCUGGCCCAAAGGAAGUAGAAGGUUACGGUAACUAUGGUAUUUCUGUGACGUCACACAAGAUGCUGAAGAAGGUAGCUGCCGCUUUAUACUUUCUCGAUUCUCAUGCAUACUCCAAGAAGCCCAAGACUAAUCCAGGAUACGACUGGUUUAAGGAUUCCCAGAUGUGGUGGCUUGAACAAGAAGCCGGUGGCAUGGCUGAGCAAAUGGUUAAAGAAAACCGGCUUUCUAUGGCGUUUUUCCAUAUCCCCAUCCCCGAAUUCAAGAACAUUGAUUCCUCAGACACCGUUGGUAAAAAGCUUGAAGGCAUUGCAGCGCCCAGGUACAACAGCGGCAUGAGGACACAUUUUGCCAAUGCCAACGUGCAAGUGGCAGCAGUUGGACACGACCACUGCAACGACUACUGUUUAUUAGAUAUAGAGAACCGUGGCGAAGAGGACUACGAGUCAAAGAUGUGGCUCUGCUACGGAGGAGGUGUUGGAGAAGGUGGAUAUGGCGGUUACGGUGGGUACAUCAGACGGUUGAGAGUGUACGAGUUGGACGAAGACAAGGGCAGUAUCAGGCUGUGGAAGAGAGCGGAGAACGACCCCAACAAGGUCUUUGACAAGCAUCGGAUGGUGAAUAACGGGGUUGUUCUGAACUAA